CAAGAAAGCACCUACCUACCUGGCAGUGUAACUUCUAGAACUAAGAUUUUUUUUAAAUGUCUCUAACUGCGUCAUAAGUGUUAAUGAAAUCAUUAUUUUUAAAUAAUUUUUAAAAGCUUCUGCUGAUGGCUAAUGGUUAGGAAAAAUAUUAAAUUCAGAAAAAAAAAAAAACACUUCAAAUUAAAAUACCCAUAGAAAUAGAAAUGCAUUAGUCAAACAUCAAUAAAAUGAGGCAAACAUAAUAUAAGCUGGUAAUAUAAAUACCGAUUCAACCAAAUGUAAAAUUAUUACACAAGAGACGUUCCCCACUAUAUUAUUAUUGGGUACCAACCUACUCCUGCUGACCGCUAAUUCUUGUGGUGUUCUUUCGCGUUUCUUGCUACUGCUUCGGGCUUUCCAGCAGUUUUGUCGCGAGCCCGUGCAAGAAGUGGUACCGUACAAUAACGUUUCACUUUAAUAAUACGUAACUGAUAGGUAAUCGAUGUGAAAGUAAAAUAAAUAAGUUGGAUGGCUUUUUAAAUUUUUUAUGUGAAAAUGGAUUAAUGUUUUGUUAAUAAUGUUAUUAAGUGAAAAUUGUUGAUUAAAAAUGAAAAUGGCAUCUACAAAAUAUAAAGUGUGGAGUACCUUUUGCUUUCUUCUAGCCAUCCUGGACAGUUGUUUCAGUCAAGGUCAAAAUUACUUUUUUGGUCGAGAAAAUGCUGAAGAGUUUUAUACCGAACCUGCAGCACCGUACGUACCAUCCUUUCAGCCCAGAAAUUAUUUCCUGCAAAAAGACUUAGAAACAUCUGACUUACCAACCCAUUUACAAAAAUCCUUGCCUCAAUACCAACAAGAUAUACCAAUUCCGUUUCGAUUAGCCAAAGAUUAUGUUAAACCGUCUACCCACAGACCAGAUUUUUCCCAUUUGUUACCUCAGCGUUACCAGCACGAGAUUUUAAACACUAAAGUUGAUUAUCUAAGAGUUCCAAAAACGUUAACCAAUAAUCAAUGGGAUGAUAUUAAUCCUGUUACAAAUGCCAACAAAAAUAAUCAAAAUCAAAUCGAUUUAAAUCUUACAAAACGUGAUAGUACAGAAGAAGCAGCUGAUGAAGAAUAUGAUGAGGAGGAAAAUGAAGAAGUUCAAAAAAGUGAUAAAUUACAUGAAAAAGGAAAUAAUGAAUUGGAAUAUGAUGAUGAAGAAUAUGAAUAUGAAGAUGAAGAAGAAUCUCCAAUAAAUGAAACCAAUAAGGAUAUAGAUGCAGCCACACAAAAACCAGCAACAUCCAACAUAAUAACCCAAUUACCUGUACCAAAAAUUAAGGAAGAAAAAAAGUUUCCUGAACUUGUAGUGUCUGUGGUUACAAGUAAAACUGUUGUAAAUAAUACUAUAACAUUACCUCAACAAAAUCUUUCUACCACAGAAUCUUCUGUAGUAGUAGAAAACAGUACAGACUCUUGGAUAGUCAUUGCAUCAGUGCAAACAAGUCGGAGCAUUUCAGGUGCCAGAUACAUUCCUUCUUCAAUUGUAGAUCAAGAUGAAAGAAUUCAACUUUUAAACGAACCUUCGGUUACAGACCCAACUACAGAUUUUGUAACUGAAACUGAAGCUGCUACGCCUAAAACAAAGGCAUCUACUGAAAGCCUUAUCGAUAAACUGGAUCGAGUACAAUCGGAUUUGUCGAGUGGCUUACUGUCAGGGGGCUAUAAGAAUGAUAACAUUGCUGUUAUUGAAGAAAACCUGUCGACCAAAAUGGAAACAACUACGGAGGAAAUAUCUGUGAUGUCCAAAGCUCCAUAUCCACAAGUUAAUAUUAGGAAAUUUAAUCCAGGCAAUAGGGCAAGGCCUAAAACUCAAGGAAAAGUUUCAUCGACGACUACUCCAAAAAUUGCUUUGGAACAAGCUAAAGGUAAUACCAUUUUACAAAAAGCUAAACCAGUUGAUGAUAUUAGUGCCCUCUUGCCUCCUGGUUAUAAGCUGCCAUCAACUGGAGCAACUAUAAAAGAAGAAGAAGAUAUAAGUGCACUUUUGCCACCUGGUUACAAGUCUCCUGACGCCAUAAUCAAUAAGGUUCUUUCCAAAGCUAAACCAGUAGACGACAUUAGUGCCUUAUUGCCUCCCGGCUAUAAACCACCAGAAACUACAACAAAAUCCAUCAAAAGCAAUAUUUUAUCUAAAGUCAAACCUCUAGAUGAUAUCAGUGCUCUUUUGCCUCCUGGCUACAAACCUCCAAAAUCCGAGAACGUUUUGGCUAAAGCCAAACCUGUUGACGAUAUAAGUGCACUUUUACCACCUGGAUAUGAGCUGAAACCUGAAAGUAUUUUAUCCAAAGCAAAACCUGUUGACGAUAUCAGUGCAUUGCUACCACCUGGAUACAAACCAAAACCUGAAAGUAUUUUAUCCAAAGCGAAACCUGUUGACGAUAUCAGUGCACUGCUACCACCUGGAUACAAACCAAAACCUGAAAGCAUCUUAUCCAAAGCUAAACCUGUAGAUGAUAUAAGUGCCCUUUUACCACCAGGUUACAAUAAGGCUUCAACUUCAACUGAAAAAUCUGUAAAUAAAAUUUUAUCAAAAGCCGUCCCUGUCGAUGAUAUAAGUGCCUUGCUACCUCCGGGAUAUAAAAAAAGUUAUGGUAAAGGCAAGAGUACAACUCCUGCUUCUGCUAGCUCAAAUAUUCCCGAUAAUCUGCUACCCCCAGGCUUCAAAUUAAAUGAUACUGCUUUUGCUAGUAGUACUAGUAGUGCUACAACACCUCCAACUACAUCUACAACUGCAUCUGGAUUCAAAAUUGUAUUUCCAAGUAGACCUGGUGGUUCCAAAAAAACUCCACGUUUGACUACACCAAAAAUUCAAAGCGAAGAAGUUAUGAACAAGCCAACUUCACCUACAAUACAGAAGGGAUGGCCUAUUAGGGCAAGUACCGAGUUUACUGGUUGGAAAACACCUUCAACUACGCCAAUAUCUAUUGAAAAAUUGCUGGAAGCUGCCCGAGCUGCUGCAAGUAGUACUUCAACUGAAACUGUAACUGAGACUACAUCUACAACUACAACAACUACUACUACAACUACGACGGUUAGACCAACAACACCAGGCAUUUGCGUUGAUAAUUGCGACCUGGCCGGAACUAUUAGGCUGGUUGGCGGCGCGAAAUGGGUACCGGAGCUGCUCGAUCGCAACACUAAGGAGUAUCAGAUAUUGGCUAAUAGUGUUCAAUCUGAGCUAGAAAAUAUUUACAACGGUUCCCCUAAGCUUCAAAAAUGGUAUACCAAAAUAAGGAUAGAUGGUUUCAGUGAAGGUAGCGUUCUGGUUGACUACUUGGUAGAAUUCAACGAAAUCGGUCAAAAAGUCGACACCCAAGAAAUCAAGCGUCUCUUCCACGAAUCACUUGGAAUUUCAACAAGAGAAGGCAAAUCUUUGAAUGAAACCAAAGCUGAGAGGCUUACUUUAGGGAAGUUUGAGGUCGAUCCUGAAUAUACCGAUUUUGUUGUUAUUCCCAAAAAUCCAUUCCCUACUGUAGGAUAUGCUGAUGACGUUUUACUACCACAAUGGGCAAUAGCUGUGAUAGUAAUCGGUUUAGCAUCUCUAUUGUUUGUCAUAGUUUUUGGAGUAACAGUGCUUUUCAAUCGUCAUAAGAAUUCGAAAAAGACUCCAGCCCCUCUAACUGAAGAUAUGCUCAAUGAAUUGAAUAAAAACCAUAUGGGUGGACUUGAAAAUUACGGCGUGGACGAUUUUUACAAUAUGGAAGACGUUUGGAGUGAGAAACACUACCAACAGAAGCCUCCUAAGAAGCAGAGACCCAAUAAUGGUUCGUCCCUUUACGAUAACAGCACAGCGAACCUCUACGACAGCUGGCAAUCCCAAUGGAACGGUCAAUGGAGCGCCUACAAAAAUUACGGCAAUAGUAGUCAAUACAGCGGACAUUCUGGCCGUCAUCGCAGGCCCGAGUACGAUACUAACUUUUAAUAAAUAUUUACUUUCUAAUUAACGUGUAAAAUUAAUUUGUAUAAAGAGACUGAAAGUAUUUUAAUAAAUAUUUUUUAUACAAAGAAGUAUAUGCA